GGAUCCAGUAGACCCUACUGAGUCAGGAGAGAGCCUUGCAGUAAUGGGAACAGGGGAAAAAAUUUUUUUGGCCACACCUGAUGGAGCUCAGAACUUACUUCUGUCUCUCUGCUCGGGGAGAAAGAACAAGAAACACAAAAAGAGGAACGUUUGAUGGAAGAAAAGAAAAAGAAAAAGCAGGAAGAAAAGAAAAAGAAGGAAGGUGCUCAGAAAAAGGCUGCUGAUCAAAAAACCAAAGUGCCAGAACCUACUAAGACCUGCUCAAGCCAGCCCCAACCUGCCGGUACCGGUGCCAGUACUUCCACCAGCACUCUCUCCAGCAGCAGCAGCAGCAGCAGCAGCAAUGGCAAGCGUGCGGCGGCCAGUGGCCAGCAGCCAGCUGCAUCCCGUUACCUGCCUCGGGAGGUGCCUCCACGCUUCCGCCAGCAAGAACAGAAGCAGCUGUUAAAGCGAGGUCAGCCACUGCCUGCCGGGGCUCUGGCCAGUGUGAGCCCAAACCAGAGUGCUGGGCCCACCAGGGCCAGUCCCCCUCCCCUCCCUGGAGCUGGAACGCAGCCGCAGCCCAGUACGCUCCCACCAGAUCUCAGUCACAGUGGAUUGGCAGAUCACUAUGAAAAUUCCCCCUGGGGCCAGCAGCCCGCUUACCGAAACGAAGCCAGCUGUGGCUGGGGUGAAGUGACCAGGGACAGGACGGAAAAGGAGGCGUGGCCUUCCACCCCGGGGCCUGAGCCAGAAGCGGCCUCGGAAUGUGCCGCAGACACUGACUCUGUCUCCAGCUGUGGCUCCGAGAGCAGGAGCAUGGCGACAGGGAGUGCCCAGGGCACCUUCACUGGACACGCCAAGAAGACGAACGGCAAUAAUGGCACCAAUGGCGCACUCGUCCAAAGCCCUUCUAAUCAGAGUGCCCUUGGGACGGGGGGAGCGGGCGGGGGCGGGAGCGCGGCCCGAGUUUGGGGCGUAGUCGCGGGCUCCAGCGCAGGCCUCGCCCACUGCCCCCUGGGCGGGGGGGAUGGCAAGAUGGACAACGUGAUGGGGGAAGGGAGAAGCCAGAGCUGCUGGGGGGCUGCCAACGCCAACGCUGGCAUCAGUCUCAACCUUAACCCAAAUGCCAACCCAGCUGCCUGGCCCGUGCUCGGACACGAAGGAACUGUGGCGACGGGCAACCCUUCCAGUAUUUGCAGUCCAGUCAGUGCCAUAGGCCAGAGCAUGGGCGGCCAGAACGGGAGCCCAGCAGGCACGGCCGGUGCCUGGGGGAACCUGCUGCCGCCAGAGAGCACGGAGCCGCAGGCACCGUCCACGUCUCAGAAUGUGUCCUUCAGCGUCCAACCUCAGAACCUUAACACUGACGGACCAAACAACACUAACCCCGUGAACUCGUCCCCAAACCCUCUCAGUGCAAUGCAGACCAACGGACUGCCAGACUGGGGCAUGGCUGUUGGCAUGGGGGCCAUCAUCCCGCCCCACCUGCAAGGCCUUCCUGGUGCUAACGGAGCAUCCGUUUCUCAAGUGGGCGGGGGCAGCGGGGAAGGAAUGGGCAGUUCGGUGUGGGGGCUGUCCCCGGGGAACCCCGCCACCGGAAGCAGCAGCUCUGGGUUCAGUCAGGGGAGUGGAGACACUGUGAACUCAGCAUUAAGUGCUAAACAAAACGGAUCCAGCAGUGCUGUGCAGAAGGAAGGGAGUGGCGGGGGUGCCUGGGACUCGGGGCCUCCCACUGCCCCCGGCGUGCUCCCGUGGGGCAGGGGCAGCGGUGGGGGCAGUAGCGUCGGGAACAUCCAUUCAGGAGCCUGGGGCCACCCCAGCCGGAGCCCCUCGAACGGUGUGAACGGGGAGUGGGGGAAGCCCCCAAACCAGCAUUCCACUAGUGACAUCAAUGGGAAAGGAGCGACAGGGUGGGACGGGCCUAGCGGGAACGGCCAGAGCCCCGGCGUGCCGCUGGGCGGUGAGCACACAAGCUCCUGGGCCAAAGCCGCGUCCUCCGGCGCCACCGCCAGCGAAGGCAGCAGCGAAGGUUCCGGGGGGCUCGGCGAAGGGGGCGCCGGGCGGGAGGCCGUGGAGGGCCGCAGGCGGGAGAAAGGGAUCCUGGACCCAGGGCACAUCCAGCUGCCCAGGAACGACCUCGACCCGCGCGUGCUUUCCAACACGGGCUGGGGGCAGGUCCCAGUACAGCAGAACACUGCCUGGGAGUUCGAAGAGUCCCCCCGGGCCGAGAGGAAGAACGACAACGGCACCGAGGCCUGGGCGUGUGCCCCUCAGCCGUCCGGCGCGGGCGGGAAGAACAGUGGGUCCCUCGGGGACAGUCCAAAUACCUCUUCAGUAUCGGGGUGGGCCAGCGCCCCGCCGGCCGCCGGGCCAGCCCCCACGGGCUGGGGAGACGGCAGCAACAAGGCCCCAAGCGGCCCCGGGGCGUGGGGGGACUCGGUGGGCUCUACUGCUGUCAAUGCUGCUGCUGCCAAGGGGGGCCACGCCUGGCCGGGGGCCGCGAGCCAGGAGGACAAGCCGCCCGCCUGGGGGGAGCCUCCAAAACCCAAAUCUCAGAACUGGGGGGACGGGCCCAAGUCAAGCCCGGCCUGGAGCGCAACCGGGGGAGACUGGGCAGAGUCAGCCUCUGUCCUCGGACACUUGGGGGAGGGGAAGAAAGCCAGCUCCGGGUGGGAUGCUGACGGCCGCUCCGGGGCUGGGUGGACAGAGACUGCAGGGGCCGGGCCUGGCGGCUGGGGCAGUGGUGCAAACGCCAAGGUGAAUCCAGGUCCAAACUGGGGGGAGUCUCUGAAGGCCGGGCCCCAGCAGGGCUGGGCCAGCAAGGGCCCGGACAGCAGCGUGAGCAACUGGGGAGGGGCCGCCUCUGUGAAACAGACAGGACCGGGCUGGGUCAAAUCGAAGGACACCAGGGAGGCCACGGGCUGGGAGGAGCCUUCGCCACCGUCCAUCCGACGCAAAAUGGAAAUCGAUGAUGGUACCUCAGCUUGGGGUGACCCGAGCCACUACAACAAUAAAAGUGUGAACAUGUGGGACAGGAACAACCCCGGCCUCCAGAGCAGUACCACCGCCAACACCACCGCCACCACCAGUAACAGCACGAACGCAGGCGAGGCACCGCCAGCACACCCGGCCAGCACCCAGCUGGCUCGGUCGCCACUGCUCGGCCCAGUUUCCUCAGGCUGGGGAGAAAUGCCUAAUGUGCACUCAAAGGCCGAAAACUCCUGGGGGGACCCAUCCUCGCCUUCGGCCCUGGUGGAUAACGGCACUGCAGCAUGGGGCAAGCCACCCGGCAGUGGCAGCGGAUGGGGGGACCAGCCCCCCGAGCCAGUGGUGACCUUCGGACGAGCUGGUGGCCCAGCUGCUGCCCCAGCCCUGUGCAAACCAGCUUCCAAAUCUAUGCAAGAGGGCUGGGGCAGUGGUGGGGACGACAUGGCCCUCGGGACCGGCCAGUGGGAGGAUGAAGAUAGCGGCAUGUGGAACAGCGCGGCCUCCCAGGAAAGCACCUCCUCCUGCAGCUCCUGGGGGAACGCCCCCAAGAAAGGACUCCAAAAGGGCAUGAAAGCGCCCGGCAAGCAGGACGAGGCCUGGAUCCUGAGCCGGCUCAGCAAACAGCUCACGGACAUGGGCUUCCCGAGAGAGCCAGCUGAAGAGGCCUUGAAGAGCAAUGGCAUGAAUCUGGAUCAGGCCAUGAGUGCUCUGCUGGAAAAGAAGGUGGACAUGGACAAGCGUGGCCUGGGAGUGACCGACUACAAUGGGAUGGUCACCAAACCUCUCGGCUGCCGCCCCCCAAUCUCCAAAGAGUCUCCCGUGGACCGCCCCACCUUUCUUGACAAGGACGGCGGCCUAGUGGAAGAGCCCGCGACUUCACCGUUUUUGCCUUCGCCAAGCCUGAAGCUCCCCCUUUCAAACAGUGCACUCCCUAAUCAGGCCCUGGGUGGGGUUGCCUCAGGGCUGGGCAUGCAAAACUUGAAUUCUUCUCGACAGCUCCCGAGUGGCAAUCUGGGCGUGUUUGGCAGCAGCGGAGCGCCAGCAGCCAGGACCAUGCAGCAGCCUCCGCAGCCCCCCGCGCCGCCUCUGAACUCCUCCCAGCCCAGCCUCCGCGCUCAAGUGCCUCCGUUUCUAACCCCUCAGGUUCAAGCACAGCUUUUGCAGUUUGCAGCAAAAAACAUUGGUCUGAACCCUGCACUAUUAACCUCGCCAAUUAACCCUCAGCAUAUGACGAUGUUGAACCAGCUCUAUCAGCUGCAGCUGGCGUACCAACGUUUACAAAUCCAGCAGCAGAUGCUACAGGCCCAGCGGAAUGUUUCCGGACCCAUGAGACAGCAGGAGCAGCAAGUCGCGCGCACAAUCACUAACCUGCAGCAGCAGAUCCAGCAGCACCAGCGCCAGCUGGCCCAGGCCCUGCUCGUGAAGCCGCCGCCCCCGCCGCACCUGUCUCUGCACCCCUCUGCAGGCAAGCCGGCCACCGACGGCUUCCCCCCACACCCCUCGGCCCCCGGCCUCCCGGACCUGCAGACCAAAGAGCAGCCGUCUCCGCCCAACACCUUCGCUCCUUACCCGCUAGCUGGACUCAACCCAAACGUGAAUGUCAGCAGCAUGGACAUGAGCGGGGGGCUGUCGGUGAAGGACCCGCCUCAGUCCCAGUCGCGCCUCCCUCAGUGGACACACCCCAGUCCAAUGGAUAACCUAACCGGUGCUGCACCUCUCGACCAGAACCCCAGCAAGCAUGGUGCUAUCCCCGGAGGUCUGAGCAUCGGGCCUCCAUCUAAGUCCUCCAUGGAAGACUCCUAUAGCCGGUACGACUUAAUCCAGAGCAGUGAGUCACCAGCCAGCCCUCCAGGGGCCGUCCCCCACAGCUGGUCCCGUGCCAAAUCCGACAGCGACAAGAUCUCCAAUGGCUCCAGCGUCAGCUGGCCCCCAGAAUUCCAUCCUGGAGUUCCGUGGAAAGGACUUCAGAAUAUAGAUCCCGAGAAUGACCCCGACGUCACUCCUGGAAGUGUCCCCACCGGGCCCACCAUCAAUACCACCAUCCAAGAUGUCAACCGCUACCUCCUCAAGAGUGGAGGCUCGUCCCCGCCGUCGUGUCCGAGCGCCGCGCUGCCUUCCUCCAGUGCCUGGCCGCUCAGCGCCCCCGCCUACGGUCGCCCGUUCAGCAGCCUGGCGCCAGCACCCAGCACUGCAGGGAAACUGUCAGACAGCAAGUCCACGUGGCCCUCCAGCCCCGCCUCCCACACACCAGCCUCGCUGUCGCACGAGCUGUGGAAGGUGCCCAGGAACUCGGCGCCCACGCGGCCUCCCCCCGGGCUGACCAACCCCAAGCCUUCCUCCACCUGGGGAGCCAGCCCCCUCGGCUGGACCAGCUCCUACUCCUCGGGUUCCGCCUGGAGCACCGACACCUCAGGCAGAGCAAGCAGCUGGCUCGUUCUCCGCAACCUCACACCCCAGAUCGACGGCUCCACACUGCGCACGCUGUGCCUGCAGCAUGGGCCCCUCAUCACAUUCCACCUGAACCUGACGCAGGGCAACGCCGUGGUCCGCUACAGCUCCAAGGAGGAGGCCGCCAAGGCCCAGAAGUCCCUGCACAUGUGUGUCCUGGGGAACACCACCAUCCUGGCGGAGUUCGCUGGUGAGGAAGAAGUGAACCGUUUCCUGGCCCAGGGGCAGGCCCUGCCUCCCACCUCCAGCUGGCAGGCCAGCAGUGGCACCGGCCAGACGCGGCUGGGCACCUCGGGCAGCUCCCACGGCCUGGUACGGAGCGACGCCGGCCACUGGAACGCCCCGUGCCUGGCCGGCAAAGGGAGUAGCGACCUGCUGUGGGGCGGCGUCCCCCAGUACUCGAGCAGCCUGUGGGGGCCUCCCAGCACGGACGAUGGCAGAGUGAUCGGAAGCCCCACCCCCCUGAAUACGCUGCUCCCCGGCGACCUGCUCAGCGGGGAGUCCAUGUAGGGCGGCACCCCGAUACCUCUGUUCGGAAUGAAGGCGAGCUUCCCGACGGCGUGGACUGCGUGAUGCCAGGACCUCUCACAGCUUUUCAUUUUGUGUUGUCUUAUGUUUGUCUGGUGUGUGUCAUUUUUGAUUUUUUUUUUUUAAGUAUAAAAGCUGCUUAGAAUAGUUCUAUCAUGAAGGGCACUUUUCAGAUCGUGGGCUGGAAAGGGGGUUCUGUGGGGUCAGGCGGGCGCCGGUGACGGUCAUGCACAUUUCCAGGGCCCCGCGCCGGGUGCCCCUCGCCGAGGGCGCGCCGAGCCCUGGGUCCCCACAGAGCCGCCCGUGCACAUGUCCCUUGUUUCAUUACUUCUUCAUGUCAUUUUUUAUCCCAAAAAAAAAAAUAUUUUUUAAAAGUUAAAGAAAAAGACAUAUCAAACAUGCAAAUACUUGAACCCAGCAGGCCAAUAAUGAAAUGUGAACACCUUCCGUCUGCCCACCGGGCGUCGGCGUAGACAGCUCGAGGGCGGCCUGGCGCGGAGCCUGUGUGCGUGUGUGCGCGUGUGUGUGCGUGUGUGCGUGUGCGCGGGCACACGUGGCGUGGGCAGGCGGGACGGGGUUUCCCGUGAUGCAGUAUAUGCUUCUCCGGCGCAUCGUUCGGACGUUUGGUCCUCUCGGCGUCUUCCUUUGCACUGAGUGUCCGCCCGCCCUCCAGCCGCUCCGCACUCACCAGGACUCGCGACAGGACCCACGCAGGCUGGGGCUGGCGGAGACCCGUGUCGAUGUUUACUCCAGGACCCUGCCCGCGUGGACACUGGGCGGCCGGUCAGGGGCCCCGCCGGUAGCGGCUCCGGGCGCCGCGGGGAGCAGAGGCAGAGGAAAAGCGGCCGCUGGACUGUGGCCAUAGAUACUGGUGGACACGCAUGUCCCGCGGCGGGACGGGAACGAGCACUUGGACUGGUGGUGGCGCUCAGGCCGCGCCGUGGGCGCCCACCUGUUUACAGACCUUUUUUUCUCCUUCAGACUUUAAGAUUUAAAAAAUGUUUUUUAAAGGAAUUAAAAUUAAAAAAAAAAGACUUCCGUGGUAAAGAGCCUAUUUUCAGAAAGCAGAUGCGCUACUCCGGAGCUCUGGACGGGCAGUGUUGUCCCCACCGCCGAGAACUGUGGCCCCGUCGGGCCGGAUGCCGCGUCGCUGUUGCACAGGCGACUGCCCCCGGGAGGCCGGUUCCCGAGGGCAGCCCCGACCAUUCAUGUAUUUUUAAACCCGACUCCUAGCACUGAAGAUGUUAUUUAAAAAAAAAACAACAAAAAAAGAAAAAGAAAAAAAACGAAAAAAGAGGAAAAAAAAAACACACAAAGAAGAAAAAUCCCUAAUCUCUAAUGUGUAGCAGUUACAUAUUUACCAAAUAAUGGACUCAAAAGAAAUAGAUGUUUGAAGAGUGCUUUAUAUAUUAAAAAUUGCUUUAUGUUUUAAAAAAAUGAUCAAUGUUUUGUUUUGCAAGAAAGAAAGACAAUGGAGUAACAUACCCUCAAGUAUGUUUAAAAAAAAAAUAUAUGAACAUUGUGCUCCCUGCCUGCCUGAUCAGGAAAUUUGUGCAUUACAUUUUUUUUAAUUAGCUUUUUAAUGGUUUUAUCAAAAGAAAAAAAAAGAAAAAAAUAUAAAAAGUUUUAAAAAAAGGUCCUGCAAGGUUUUGCAGAUCAACAAAAGCUGGUUUUCUAGAGGAUCAUGAACUAUGCACAAACUGGGUUCCAGGCUUCUGUUCCUGAGUGAGUAGUGUACGUAGCUAGACACCCCUCAGAGUCGCAUCUCAUCACCACCCCCGGGCACCUGUGCCAACGGGCGCCCAGGUGGCAGCUCUCUGCUGCCACUGAGCACCGAGUGGUAGAAAAACUCCUGAGACUUUAAAAUUGGGGGUGGAAGAAUCUGGUUUUGUUUUUUUGUUGGGUUGGGGAGGGAGUUUUGGGGGGUGGCUUUUUUUUUUUGACCGUUUAUUUUGAAUUAAAGAUGUCUGUAACUCUGAGAUUAAAAAAGCAAGUUUGUGGCUCUUAAUGUUUCUCCUCAUAGAAUGUGAUUGUUGAAGAACAUGCACCGAAAGUUGCUUCCACAAGUACAACGCUUUGUUGAAUCUUAAUAAAUUGCAAUUUUUUUCUUGACUGUUCAAAUAAA